AUGGGGCAGAUGUUUUUGGAGGAGGUCAGAGGUUGCCGGUGGUACCGGGCGGCGGCGAAUGCCGAUUUGGUGUGGCGUCCGAUGCGGGCGGCGCUAGUACUGAGAGAAGAAUGCUUUGGACCUGUUUACAAGGGUGAGUUACUUAACGGACAGUUUGUAGCGGUGAAAAGGCUUUCAAGAAAAUCUGGACAAGGGCUUGAAGAGUUCAGAAAUGAGACAGAACUGAUUGACAAACUCCAGCACAGAAAUCUUGUCGAAAACGACGAGAAGAUAUUAGUCUACGAAUACAUGCCCAACAAAAGCUUGGAUUUUUUUCUCUUCGAGCCGAGCAAGAAAGAGGUAUUGGAUUGGAAAAGACGUGUUCGUAUAAUCCAAGGCAUUGCUCAAGGGCUUCUAUAUCUGCACCAUUAUUCCCGAUUAAGAAUUGUUCACAGAGACCUAAAAGCUAGUAAUAUUCUCCUCGAUGCUGAAAUGAACCCCAAAAUCUCCGAUUUCGGAAUGGCGAGAAUCUUUGGAGGAAACGAAUUGCAAGCAAAUACUAAACGAAUUGUCGGUACUUAGUAAGUGAAAA